CGGGGAAUGGGCGGGCGGGGGUGUCCAGGGAGUAGCGUCGAGUUGGAGUGGAUUGACCACCAGGCCCGGAGGGUCCGAGCCAAGAGCGGAGCCUGCACCCUCAGCCACCCGCUCUUCGGGAAAUAUCAGAACUGAGCCAGAAGGCAGGUGCACCGGGAAAAUGUGUCUGAGUCCUGCUUGGGAAAAGAGAAACUGAGUCACCAGCUUAGGAGCCGAGGGGUCAGCGGGCCUGACGGGGGGCUGUGUCUUCCGGUGGUGCAGAGGGUUCGGUGGGCCUGUGUGAGCUGAGGUGGCCUGUGGCUGGAAAUCGGUCUCUCUGCUGUGCCUGCACCUCUUGGCUCAGUUCCCCUGUGCUCUGUGACUCCUGCAUCUCUUGGCCUCUUCUCUUGGUUUGGAGUUGUCCCUGUGGUUAGGGCCUGCUGAAUGUGUAGAGCCUAGGCCAAGGAGGAAGGAGAGGUGCCUGACUUGGAGCCAGGCUGUGGGGCUGUGCAUCUGAACAGGAGUCUGAGGUCUCUGAGGGCUUAGGUAGACUUUCCUGAGCUGCCCUCACCUAGUUUGGGGACUGUUAUCUUCCAGUAUUAUAAAACAGAGAAGCACUAACAAAAGAACCAUGGGUUGUAAAGUCCAUGAUCAGCUCCACCAAUUUCUAGUUAUUAAAAUCUUGGUAAACCUUUUCUUUUCUCUAAUUUCUCUUUUAGAGGAUUGGAACCAUAAUCCUGUUCUCCCCCACAAAGAUAAAAGAUGAUGGCAGUAGUAUAUUGUGUGCUUACUUUGUGUCAAGGACUAACAUUCCAUUUAAUUCUCCUGGAAGUUCUAAGAAGUAGGAAUUGUUAGUUCUGUUUUACAGUUAAGAAAGCCGAGGCUCAGAGAAGACCAGUAAUUUGCUCAAGAUCACAUCGCUAAUAGGCGGCAGAUCUAGGAUUGGAUUCCAACUCUCACUCCAGAACCCAUGGCCUUAACCACUAAGCUAAACAGCCCUUACGACACCCUUCCCAGUAAGAGAUGGGGAGAUGAAAAGUCCUAGAAUCCCCAGCUCUCUGUUAUGUGACGAGCCCAACCAACAGUCUCUCCUCCCCAGAUGCAGCUGCUUCUGGGCCCCAGACUGAAGGGGCACCAAAGAAGUAGCCUGUGGCCAUUCCAAGCCUCUUUUACACAGUGCUUGGGCCCUGGGCCCUGGCUUCAGCUUUCAAGACAGUUGCUGCUUCAGUUCAUCCAUGUUUUGUUCACCCAUCCUCACUAAUGAAUAACUUCCUUUCUCAGAGCUUGAGAGUGGGAUGCAUGAGGCAGGAUCUCUAAGCUCUGUGGGCUCAGCUCCCUUCUGGCCCCCUGAGCUGGGACAGUCAGGGGCUAUGGCGAAGGCUGAUCCAGCCAGUCCCUGAGCACAACGACUAUGCAAUGGGAAGAACAGUAGACUUGGAACCCUGAAACUUUUCUGAGCUUCAGUUUCCCCAUCUAUUAUGUUAUGUGCCAUCCAGUCAAUUCUGACUCAUAGUGACCCUAUACGACAGGGUAGAACUGCCCUAUAGAGUUUCCUAGGGUAUUAUCUUUAUAUAGACAGAUCUCCAGGUCUUUUCUUCCAUGGAGCGGCUGGUGGGAUCAAACCGCCAACCUUUUGGUUAGCAGCUGAGCUAACACGACUCCUUUUUCAUGUAUUGUACCAAAAAAAAAAAAAAAAAAACCCCUUUGCCGUAGAGUCGGUUCCAACUCACAGAAACCCUGUAGGACUGAGUAACACUCUCACAGGGUUUCCAAGGACUGGCUGGUGGACUCAAAAUGCCAACCUUUUGGUUAGCAGCUGUAGCUCUUAACCACUACACCACCAGGACUUCUAUGAGUCGGAAUCGAUUUGACAGCACUGGGUUUUCAUCGAUUAUAGGAGUUGUUAAAACUUCCCACAGGAAAAGGUUAUGGAAAGCGUGUAAUAAAUACUGAAGGAUCCACUUUGGAGAAGGGAGGUGAUCUGAAAAAGCUUCCUUUUUGGAGGAAUAUGCCUCAAGUACUCUUAUCACUUCUACAACCAAAACCAGGGGAAAUGGGUUGAGUAGACAGCUGGAGAGGUACAGGCCAGAUGUUGGGGAGCUGGUUUACUGGGAUAUGUGGGGUGCGAGAAUCUGGGACAGGGAAAGGAUGCAGUUUAGUUUUCUUCCCCAUUGCUCUCUGAGGCGCCUAAAAACAGUAGGGAGUCUCUGACUCGGGGUGGGGCUCUCCCCCCAGUCCCACCCCAGCAGUGACUCUGUCUGUGCCUCUCUCUUCCUUCUGCAGCUGCUGCCGCUCACCCCGUGUCUUCCAGCCACUUCCCUCUUUGCUGCCCCUCCCCACAGGCUCCCCCUCUCUACCUCUUGGGGACCAUCAUGAAUGGUGCCCCUUCCCAGGAGGAUGGGGCUUCCCCCUCCCCUCCACCAUUGCCACCACCCCCUCCCCCAAGUUGGCGGGAGUUCUGCGAGUCCCAUGCCCGGGCUGCCGCCCUGGAUUUUGCCCGCCGUUUCCGCCUCUACCUGGCCUCCCACCCCCAAUAUGCAGGGCCUGGGGCUGAGACUGCCUUCUCCCGCCGUUUUGCUGAGCUCUUCCUGCAGCACUUUGAAGCUGAGGUGGCCCGGGCCUCUGGCUCCCUCUCACCACCCAUCCUGGCUCCCCUGAGUCCUGGAGUGGAGAUCCCACCACAUGACCUGCGCCUGGAGAGCUGCAGGGUGGCCAGGCCCCUGGCUGUGCUGGGCCCUUCUCGGUCAUCUGAGGACCUGGCCUGCCCCAUCCCUUCCUCGGGCUCCUCCUCUUCUACGACCUCUUCGAAGCCGAAGCUAAAGAAACGCUUCUCCCUCCGCUCAGUGGGCCGCUCUGUCCGAGGUUCAGUCCGUGGCAUCCUACAGUGGCGGGGAACUGUUGACCCUCCCUCGCCAGCUGGGCCUCUGGAGACCUCAUCAGGCCCCCCGGUCUUAGGCGGAAACAGCAACUCCAACUCCUCCGGUGGGGCUGGGAACAGUGGUCGGGGACUGACUGGUGAUGGCUCGUCCCCUGGGGAAAGAUGGACUCACCGUUUUGAGAGGCUGAGACUGAGUCGGGGAGGGGGGACCUUGAAGGAUGGUGCAGGGAUGGUGCAGAGGGAAGAGCUGCUGAGUUUCAUGGGUGCUGAAGAAGCAGCCCCUGACCCAGCUGGAGUGGGCCGGGGAGGAGGGGCAGCCGGGCCAACCUCAGGGGGAGGAGGGCAACCUCAGUGGCAGAAGUGUCGCUUACUGCUGCGAAGCGAAGGAGAAGGAGGAGGAGGAAGCCGCCUGGAGUUCUUUGUACCACCCAAGGCAUCUCGGCCCCGACUCAGCAUUCCCUGCUCUACUAUCACGGAUGUCCGGACAACCACAGCCCUGGAGAUGCCUGACCGGGAGAACACGUUCGUGGUUAAGGUGGAAGGCCCCUCAGAGUAUAUCCUGGAGACAACUGAUUCUCUACAUGUGAAGGCCUGGGUGUCUGACAUCCAAGAAUGCCUGAGCCCAGGACCCUGCCCUGCUACCAGUCCCCGCCCCAUGACCCUCUCUCUGGUCCCUGGAACCUCAUUCCUUACAAGGGAGAACACAGACAGCCUGGAGCUGCCCUGCCUGAAUCACUCAGAGAGCCUGCCCAGCCAGGAUCUGCCGCUGGGAGCCAGUGAGAGCAACGACCGCCUGUCACAGGGGGCGUAUGGGGGCCUCUCAGACCGCCCCUCGGCAUCCAUCUCCCCCAGUUCCGCCUCCAUUGCUGCCUCCCAUUUUGACUCAAUGGAACUACUCCCCCCAGAGUUGCCCCCCCGCAUCCCCAUUGAAGAGGGACCCCCACCAGGGACAGUUCAUCCCCUCUCAGCCCCUUACCCUCCCCUGGACACUCCAGAAACAGCCACAGGGUCAUUCCUGUUCCAGGGGGAGCCAGAGGGAGGUGAGGGAGACCAGCCCCUCUCAGGAUAUCCGUGGUUCCAUGGGAUGCUUUCUCGACUCAAGGCUGCCCAGUUAGUGUUAGCAGGAGGUACUGGCUCCCACGGCGUGUUCCUGGUACGGCAGAGUGAGACGAGGCGGGGUGAAUAUGUUCUCACUUUCAACUUCCAGGGCAAGGCCAAGCACCUACGUUUGUCGCUGAAUGAGGAGGGUCAGUGCCGGGUCCAGCACCUGUGGUUCCAGUCCAUUUUCGAUAUGCUCGAGCAUUUCCAGGUGCACCCCAUCCCUCUGGAGUCUGGAGGCUCCAGUGACGUUGUCCUUGUCAGCUAUAUCGUAUCCUCCCAGCGGCAGCAGGGUGAGCAGAGCAGGUCUGCAGGGGAGAAGGUGCCCGUGCACCCAAGAAGUGAGAAUCGAACACCUCCCAUGAUCCACCCCAGCCCUCUGAACCCCCUUCAUGGACAGAUCCCCCACAUCCUGGGGCAGAAGAGGCGUCGGGGGCGCCAGAAGUGGCGGCAGCAACAGCCACAGCAGCCAAAGAGAGGCAAGAGAAAGAGAAAGCGGGCAGUGGAGGGGUCCAGGAAGAGCUGGUCCCCGUGGUUGAGCUGGUCCCCGUGGUUGAAUUGGAAGAGACCAUAGGACCAGGCAUGGAGGACCAGGGAAGCGCUGGAUCUGGUGGGGAUGUGGGGAUGACCCUGACAGUGCAGCUCCAGCAGCUACCGCUAGGGGGCGACGGAGAAGGGGGCCAUCC